GCAGAUGAGGAGGACCCGCUCUUUUGUCCUCAUCGCCAUCGUUUCCGUUUCCUUGCAUUUCUGACUCACCAUUUGGAAGGUAGACAGAAACGGACACACGUACAGUAUCUCUGUCUUCGCUUCCUCCCUUUCUCCUAUUUCCUCUCUUCUCAUUUCAUCCUCUCUCUUCUUUUCGAUUUCUGGCAAGAUGCCGUGACCCCUGCUGUCUUGUCGUCUUGGAUAUGAAUCUGUGAUUCUGGGAUCACAGACAUGACUAACAAAAUUCCUGAAGUGUCUCAGGGAGAUGGCGGUACUCCUCUACCCUCUUCUCAGCCUGGGCCACCAGAGCAUCAGCGUUCGCGUGGCAGCAAUGGCAAUACGAUUUUCAAGAGUGGGCCGCUUUCCAUAUCUUCGAAAGGAAUUGGAUGGACAUCUUGGAAGAAAAGGUGGUUUGUUUUAACACGCACUUCACUGGUUUUCUUCAGAAGUGAUCCAAGUGUUGCUCCUCAGAAGGGGGGUGAAGUGAAUUUAACACUUGGUGGCAUUGACCUCAACAAUUCAGGCAGUGUUGUUGUCAAAGCAGAUAAGAAACUUUUGACUGUGCUUUUCCCUGAUGGACGAGCUUUCACACUUAAGGCUGACACUGCAGAGGAUUUGCAUGAGUGGAAAACUGCACUUGAGAAUGCUUUGGCGCAAGCCCCGGGUGCUUCUGAUGUCACAGGGGAAAAUGGUAUCUUCAGGAACGAUCAGACUGAUUCAAUUGAUAUUUCUUUGGACCAGUCAAAGGAUGUAGAACCAGCAAAAUCUACUGUCAUUGGCCGGCCAAUUUUACUUGCUCUGGAGGAUGAUGAUGGAGCUCCAUCCUUUUUGGAGAAAGCCCUCAGGUUCAUAGAAGAGCAUGGGGUCAAAGUCGAAGGGAUCUUGAGACAAGCAGCAGCUGUUGAUGACGUUGAAUAUCGAGUUCGGGAGUAUGAACAGGGAAAAACUGAAUUCUCUGCUGAUGAGGAUCCGCAUGUUGUUGCCGAUUGUUUGAAGUAUGUACUCAGGGAAUUACUUUCAUCUCCAGUCCCUGCAUCUUGCUGCAAGGCUCUGUUAGAAGCAUGCCGAACUGAACGUGCUGGUAGGAUUUCUGCUAUCCGUGCUGCAAUAUGUGAGACUUUCCCUGAACCAAAUCGCCGUUUGUUGCAAAGAAUACUCCAAAUGAUGCAAACCGUGGCUUCCCACAAAGCUGUGAAUAGAAUGAGCUCCUCCGCUGUGGCAGCUUGCAUGGCACCCUUACUUCUUCGUCCCCUUCUUGCAGGGGAAUGUGACGUUGAAAAUGAUUUUGAUGUGGGUGGUGAUGGCUCUGUUCAACUUCUACAAGCAGCUGCUGCAGCUAACCAUGCUCAAACAAUUGUUAUAACCUUAUUAGAAGAAUAUGACAGCAUAUUUGGGGAGGAAGGAGCUGGGUCCCCAGGCAUAUACUCUGAUUCAGAAGAGAGUGGAUCUGGGAGCGAGGAGGGUACUGAAGAUGAUGAAUCUUACGAUGAUGAAGAUUAUGAUGAUGAGUGUGAUGAAGAAUCAAUACAAGAGUCCGAUGCAGAUGCAGAGGGCAGUGAGAGUGAAGACUCGGGGGGGAAGGAUGAUAAGAGCCGUGAUCAUUCAAAGAAGGAUGUAAAAUCCUCAGUUGACAAUGAAGGUCCUAAAGCCAAACAGAUAUCAUCACAGCCAAGUGAAGUCUCACUAUCCCGGGACGUUGACGUUAAGAGCCGUGAAAGUCUAACAAGUUCAAGCGAGACUGCUCGUGCAGAGAAGUCCAGCACACCUGAUGACGUAGUCGAAGUUUUUUCCGCUGACCACAGUGCAGUGCAUAAUCUAAGCUGUCCCAUUGACAACAAAUCACUAGACAUAUCUGAUGAUCCAGCACAUGGUCUGAGCCACACGAUAUUAGGGCGUACUUCUGCAAUGAAGAAUCUUGCCAUGGAAACUGAUGACUCUUCUACCAAUGCAGCUGAAAUCGAGAAUCUUGAAGCUACCAAGGUAGAAUUGCAAAACCAAAUCACGGAGGAGUCUAAUGCAAACCUGCAAACUUAUCUGGAAAAACAAAAGGAAUCCAUGGACGAGCGUCGUCUGGCUCUUGAGCAAGAUGUAGCUAGACUACGGGAACAGCUGCAAAGGGAGAAGAAUUAUUGGGCAACUCUAGAAGCAGGAAACAAGUAUUCUCCUGGAUCCUCGUCCAAUUCAACCGGUGAUGAAAAGACCAAGGCAGACCUUGAGGAAAUAGGUCUCAUAGAAGCAGAUCUUGCCAAGUUACGGCAGCGGAUUGAUGAUCUUGGCAGGCGGUGUAGUGUACAACAUGAGCACACUUCAAAUCAUGAAACAAAAUUGAAGAAUAAGGAUACUGAAGAUGCAUUUACUUCUCAGGCUCAGAUUGAAAGAAGCAAGAAGGACGUUCCCUUCGGCGGAGCCGAGAGUGAGAAUGAGAAGAAGCGGGAACCAACAUCUCUAUUUAACAAAUAUCCACCUCAAAUUUCUUCGAAAAAAGUUGGGGCAAAGGCUGAGCAUCAGGUAUCAAACUUCACUACUUCUAGACUGACGAAACUUUCCACCAGACUAAACUUUCUGAAGGAGCGUCGAAAUCAAAUUCAGCAGCCACAGCCAUCUCUCAGUAACAAGUCUCGGGGACCCGAAACUCAAACUGUGUCAAACCCAGAAAAGGGUAGAGCCAUGGACAGUUCCCAGCCACCCUCAAUUCCAGAUAAAGGUUCGGGCAAAGAACCUCAGUCGCUCCAAAAUUCAGACAAAAUGAGAAAAUCAGAUAGCCAGUCAACCCAUCAUCCAGAUAAAUGGAUUCAAAAUCAAUCCUCGGAAAGAGGAAGGUCCGAAGGCCAUCAGUCUUAUAAUAUGGAUAAAGGUCGAUGAUUAGAACGCCAUUUUUAUGUCACAAGAACAAACUCCAGAUGAUUCAAGGCCAUUGCAAUCAUUAAGCUCUGUGCUAUUUCCUCGCACGUGGCAUUGCUUAUGUCUUCCACAACGUUUUGAGCGGGUUUACAAAGCAGAGUCCGGAGAGAAACUCGUUUGAUAGGUUGACGCAGGGGCCGAUGUUUAAAGAGGAUGAGAAAAGGGCGGGGGGUCCAUUUUCCUUUAAUUUAGGAUGUACAAGGCACGAUUCAACCAUCCCUCGUUAGAUUACAAAUUAAAUGGAACUGUCUAUGAUCUAA